UAUAAAUAUAGCCUCCCUCCCUCCUUCUUCCGUUUUUUUUGAAACCAAGAUAGCGAGGUUGACUUGUUUCAUAAGGAAAGGUUCAGUGCUCCGGUAGCUUUUCUAAUUUUUGGAAUCGCUUCCUUCUCUAUCUCAUUUGUAUAAUCUUUUUCUCUUCGUUUUUUAUUUUCGUUUUGGUUAUUUCCUCUUUUCCUUUCUUGUCGUCUUCGUCUUGAAAGAAAAAAUAAAAAAUUUUUGUAAAAAUAAAAAAAAAAGUCUUUUCCCCUCUUUUCUUUUUAUUUUUACUCUUCUUUUCCUUUCCUUUUUCAACUUAUUUCCCCUUAUUGUUGAUCUUGGUAUACUUUCGUUUUCUAUCUUUGAAAAUUGAAAAAUUUUCUCUAUCUGUGUCAUUUAUUUAGGUAUUUUUCACAUUUCUCGUUUAUCUCUUUCGGAUUACUAGUUGUUCUUUUUCUGUUUUUUCUUUUCAUCAUGCAACUUUUCAAUUCUUUCUUUGCUUUGGUCGCUUCGGCCUCUCUUUUGGUUUCUAGCGGUUCCGCCGCCCCUACCGAUGGUCUUUUCAAGCGUAUUGUCCCUAGUGACACUCAACCCGCUAAGCCCUACAAGUCUCCCGACUUGAACACUGGUGCCGGUAUUAACCGCACUUUUGGUAUGCUCUCUUUCCGUGAAAAGAGUGGUUACGAUUAUACAGUUUGGCACGUCUCUCCCACCACCGGAAAGACCUACCUUCGUCCUUGGGACGAUGCUGUUGAUCCCUCCGUCUUUAUGAUCGAUGAGGCUUCUUUCUUGCGUCUUGCUUCCGAUAGCAACAAGUUUGCUUUCAUUGGUCACAACCAAGACCUUCAAUUCACCAACCACACCGACUACAAGAAGAAGCAACAUGACGACGGUAGUCACCGUGUUGACUUGACUCAACGCAAGCCUGCCAACGAUUUUGCUGCCACCCAAGCUUGUGGUAAGUUGGAUCCUUUCGGUUAUGUCUUGAAGCGUUCCGGUAAGGGCUUCAUGCACUGUGGUACUCAAGUUUUCGUCGGUGCUGGCCGUAGCAUCGACUGUGAGGACAUCGACUCUGUCGCCUACAACCUCUCUGACUACCGUGCUCAAUACACUGGUCUUUCCAACACCUCCAUUGCCUCUGAGCCAUACUACUCUAACCGCUCUGCUGACAUUCCUCCCAAGUCUGAGCGUCUUCAACCCCACGGUAUCUACAACUACAACUACAACAAGCCCGACAAGCGUAUGCAACGUUUCACCAUUCCUCGCGUUAGCAAUGCUGACGGCCAAAACCAAUCCGUCUUGCAAACUUUCGACGUUCCCUACGGUCGUUCCUUGUACUAUUAUACCAGCUGUGCUUUGGAAGUCCGCUUGAACAACGAGUUCUUCCCCUUGAACGUUUCUUCUUCCAACGGCCCUGCCGAAUUUGUUGUCUACAACAUGUCCGGUAACCCCAAGAAGCAAACUACUCCUAAGAAGGGUCCUCAACGUCUCCACGAGGUUGCUCGCUUCCAAUGCUCCAACAAGGGUUGUGAAUACACCACCAACAUCGCUUGCCCCCGUGCUGGUCACUCUCACACUUACGAGAUUGCCGCUGCUAGCCCCGACACCUCCAUGUCUUGGGUUCAUACUCUUAGCCCCCGUAUUGGUAUGACUAUGUUUGUCUACUCCAAUGCCAACUAUGAUUAAGCUGUUUUUACAGUUGUUUAUAUGUAAAUACGCAUAUUUCAAAAUCUUUGCCUAAUACAAUUUUGUUAUUAUGCUCUUCUAGUGUUGUUCCUUUUUAUCACCUGUUGUCUAUAUUAAUCUUUUACGCUACUAUUCCUGGUUCCUGAAUCGGUUGUGUCAGGAACUGGUCGUUUUUAGUUUUGAAAUUGGGUUCACCUAAUGCUGUCUUUUCUAGCGUAUUGCUGAUUCGCAACGUGAACUAAUAUAUAAGAAUAAAAAUUUAAUUAUCCAUGUAUUUUUGAACAAACAAGUCCUUUUGACAAUUUAUUGUUUGUUUACUUUUAUUGUUUAUACUUUUUUUAUUCUUGAAUUAGAAAUCGUUUUUUAUUGUCAAUUCGUCAAUUUUCGUUUUCGUUUGUGUGAUUGUCCAUUUAAGCAAAAAGUAUUAAGGUAUGUAUAGGAAUAUGCGAAUCCUAUCAUAACAAGACAUGAAUGAAAAACGCAAGAACUUUUGUAUUUGUUCAAAUGUUUUAGAUUAGUUUUCCUUGUUCAAUUAAUUCAUUGAUUUUCCCCUAUUUUAUAGUCAUAAGAAUACUUUUAUUUUAUUUUUUUUUAUUUCUC